AUGAUUAGAGUAUUAACUAACCGGUGUGCAAUCCUACCGAGAGCGUCCCUUUUUCAAAAGAGAAAUAUCAUUAUCAAUGCUGACCUACGAACAAGGUUAAACGAGUCACAAAAUUAUCCUGUUGUGGUAAUCGGAGGUGGCCAUGGGGGAUGUGAAGCAGCAACUGGAUCAGCAAGAUCAGGGACUCCAACCACUUUGAUAACUCCUGAAAUAGCCAAAAUAGGUACAGCGUCGUGUAAUCCGUCAAUGGGAGGUGUUGGUAAAGGAACACUAUUACGUGAGGUUGAUGCACUUGAUGGCGUUAGUGCUCGAAUCACCGAUAAGGCAGGUAUCCAUUUCCGUAUAUUGAAUGCUUCCAAAGGUCCAGCUGUACAUGGACCACGCGCACAAAUUGAUAGAAUGAUUUACUUGAACGAGAUGCAAAGGGAAAUAUGCAAUUACGAGAAUUUGUCAGUGAUUGAAGCUCAAGUGAAAGAUAUCAUAAUCGAGCCAACUAAUUCUGAAGAUUAUGAUGGUCGAGCAUUCGGAACUGUCAAAGGCGUGAUAUUAGAGGAUGGUAGAAUAUUAAAGUGUGACAAAGUGGUUGUCACUACAGGUACGUUUUUAGGGGGUGAAAUACACAUUGGUCUCAAGGCAUUCCCAUCGGGGAGAAUGGGCGAAAAGGCAACUUUUGGACUAUCAAAAACAUUCAGAGAAGCAGGAUUUCGAUUAGGAAGGUUGAAAACGGGGACCCCAGCAAGAUUGUCUGCAAAGACAAUUGAUUUUUCUGGCUUGGUAGAACAACCGUCUGACUUCCCACCUCAACCAAUGUCAUACUUGAACGACCGUGUUGACCUAGAGGAUCACUUGGUCAAGUGUUAUCAGACACAAACAACACCUGAAUUCCACAAGAUGAUUUCUGAUAAUUUGGAUAAAUCAAUUCACAUCAGGGAAACCGUCAAGGGACCCAGGUACUGCCCCAGUAUCGAGUCCAAGGUUAUCAAGUUCCCACAAAAGCAAUCUCAUGUGGUAUGGCUAGAACCUGAAGGAUUGGACACCGAUCUUAUCUAUCCAAAUGGAAUCUCAUGCACAAUGCCAGAGGAUAUACAAGAGCAAAUUGUCAAGUUGAUGCCUGGGUGCGAAAAUGUGAAAAUGGUGCAACCGGGAUAUGGUGUGGAAUACGAUUACGUUGACCCAAGGGAACUCAAAGUAACUCUCGAGACAAAAUUGGUCAACGGAUUGUAUUUGGCAGGUCAAAUUAAUGGAACCACUGGAUACGAAGAAGCUGCUUCUCAAGGUUGCAUUGCUGGAAUCAACGCUGGCCUUUCGUAUUUGAACAAACCAUUAUUGGAAAUGAAGAGGUCCGACGGUUACAUUGGUGUCUUGAUUGAUGAUUUGAUAACUAAGGGAGUAGAAGAGCCGUAUAGGAUGUUCACCUCAAGAUCAGAGUUUCGAGUAUCUAUUCGUUCAGACAACGCAGACAAAAGAUUGACCGAAUUGGGGUACAAACUUGGAGUUGUUGGUCACGACAGAUAUGAAUACUUCAAAAAUGAAGUUCAACAAUUUAACGAUAUCAAAAAUCAUUUAAAAAGUCUUCGACUUUCUGGCAAGACUUGGUCGCCUGCACUAUCAGGAGCUGCCACCGAUUUGAGAUCAAGCAACAAAGUUAAUGGUUGGAAAUUGUUAUCAUACAAGGGAGUUUCAAUCAAGGAUGUCAUCCCCCAUAUCGACAAGUUCACCGGAGGCAACACCCCAUCAUUCUAUCAACAUUUGACCAAUAGAUUAAUGAAUCGUAUUGAUGUGGAAAGUGAUUACGAGCCAUUUAUGUCCAAAGAGAAAGCUCACUUGAACGCCUACGAAGCAGAUGAGAAUCUACUUUUGCCAACAAACUACAAUUAUACGAACACUGGAAAUUUAAAGAUCUCCUAUGAAGCAUGCUCCAUUCUUAACACGAUUCAACCAAAGACAAUCGGACAAGCACGUCGUAUUCAGGGGAUAACACCCACUACCAUUUUUGAACUUUUGAAACUUGUGAGAGGUAACCAAAAACAAUAUGCUGCUGCUUCUGCUUGUCAUUGA